AUGUCGGAACAGAUCCAGAUCGACACUGGUGCUUUCCAGCGACGGGUCAACAAGCUCCUCUCUUGCUGGAAGGAUAGCAGUGCAGAUUUCGAGCAGCUCAACCAGGUCGACUCGCUCCUCGUUGUCAUGGGCGGACAGAAUGACGACCUUAUCUACUCGAAGACCACCGCCAUUCACUCGUGGCUGCUAGGGUACGAAUUCCCUUCUACUGUCAUCCUCUUUACCAAAGACUCUGUCACCUUUGUCACCAGCGCCUCCAAGGCCGUUCAUCUUGAGCCGCUCAAACGGAGCUCUACCGGCUUCAACCUUGAAAUCCUGAAGCGGUCCAAGGACGAAGCGAGCAACCGUGCGCUUUGGGACGACCUCGUUUCUCGCAUCGAUGCGCAAGGUUCCAAGGUGGGCUGCCUCCCCAAAGACAAGCCUAUCGGCAAAUUCGCCGACGAGUGGCAGUCUGUCUUUGAAAAAGCCCAGAGCUCCAAGGACUUCAAAAUGAUCGACGUGAGCGCUUCUCUCAGCGCAGUCUGGGCCACUAAGGAUGACGAUGAGAUCAAGGCCAUCCGUUACGCCUCAAAGAUGAGCUCUGCUGUCAUGUCCGGAUACUUUGAAAACGAAAUGUCCACCAUCCUCGACGAGGGCAAAAAGGUUACGCACGAGCAGCUCUCGGAGCGCAUCGAGGGAAAGCUCGAUGACACCAAACUGUGGAAAAGGGUCAAAGGCCUCGAAGGUGCCGAUCUCUCGCUUGCAGACUGGUGCUACACGCCUAUCGUCCAGUCGGGCGGCGAGUACGACCUCAAGACAUCCGCUGUUUCAUCCACAAAACGUCUGCAAGGUGCAGAUGGCAACGGCGGUGUUGUUAUUGCCAGCAUGGGCAUCAAGUACCGCAACUACUGCUCCAACAUUGGCAGAACUUACCUCAUCGACCCACACAACAGUCAGCAAAAGAUGUAUGCAUUCCUACACGAGAUUCAGACCCAACUCGCUGACAAACAUCUGCGCGCCGGUGCGACAUGCAAAGAGAUCUACAGCAAAGCGGUCGAGAUUGUGCGUGCCAAGGACGAAAAGCUCGUGGCCUCGUUUGUCAAGAACGUUGGUUUCGGCAUCGGCCUCGAAUUCCGCGACAGCGCCUAUGUGCUUUCCGCCAAGAACAACCGCGCACUCCAGCGCGACAUGGUCGUCAACCUCUCGGUGGGCUUCCAGGAUCUCGACGACCCCAACCACAAGGGCGAGGUCUACUCGCUCCUCUUGAUCGAUACGCUCCGCAUCAACGACAACGCUCCUGCCACCUUCCUCACCGACCGCGUACGUGGCACCAACGACAUGUCGUUCUUCUUCAAGGACGACGAGGAGGAAGAGGAGGAGGAGGAGCGCAGGAGCCCCGCUAAACCAGACGGCAAGGUGACGCCUGGUGGAAAAGUGCUUCGAAACAAAAAUCGAGGCGCCGCACACGACGACACGGCAGCUGAAAAGAUGAAGCUGCACCAAAAGGAACUUGCCAAGCAGAAACAGGAAGACGGCCUGGCACGCUUUGCUGGCGAAGACGGCGAAGGCAACGCCUCGAACGAAAAAGUGUUCAAAAAGUUUGAGAGCUACAAGCGCGAAAAUCUGCUUCCGACCAAGGUGGCUGAUCUCAAAAUCAUGGUCGACCACCGAGCGCAGUCGAUCAUCCUGCCCAUCUACGGCUACGCAGUGCCCUUUCACAUCAACACGCUGAAGAACGUCAGCAAGAGCGACGAGGGUGAAUACACGUAUCUGCGUCUCAACUUUGUCACGCCCGGUCAGAUCGCAGGCAAGAAGGAGGAUGUGCCUUUUGACGACCCGGACGCCACGUUUGUGCGCAGCAUGAGCUACCGCUCCUCCGACUCGUCGCGCUUCACGGAGCUUUUCCGCGAGAUCACGGAAUUGCGAAAGUCGGCGACCAAGCGCGAAGCAGAAGAGAAGGAGCUCGCGGAUGUGGUCGAGCAGGACAAGCUUAUCCUCACCAAGUCAAGGGCGUAUACGCUGCCUGAAGUGUUCCCUCGGCCCGCCAUGGAGGGCAAGCGCGUACCCGGGGAUCUGACCAUCCACCAGAAUGGUCUGCGCUUCUCGUCGCCGCUUCGACCGGACCAAAAGAUCGACUUGCUGUUCUCGAAUAUGAAGCAUCUCUUUUUUCAGCCAUGUGACAAGGAGUUGAUCGUCAUUGUCCACAUCCACCUCAAAUCGCCCAUCAUGAUCGGCAAGCGAAAGGCCAAGGACAUUCAAUUCUACCGCGAGGCUUCGGACGUGCAGUUUGACGAGACUGGCAACCGCAAACGCAAGUACCGGUCCGGUGACGAGGACGAGAUUGAGCUCGAGCAGGAGGAGCGUAGGCGCAGGUCGCAGCUCAACAAGGAGUUCAAGGUGUUUGCCGAGCGCAUCGCCGAGGCGUCCGAGGGUCGUGUCAGCGUCGACGUGCCAUACCGUGAGCUCGGGUUCAACGGUGUGCCCUUCCGGACCAACGUACUUUUGCAGCCUACUACCGACUGCUUGGUGCAUCUCACCGAUCCGCCUUUCCUCGUCAUCACACUGACGGAUGUCGAGAUCGUGCACUUGGAACGUGUCCAGUUCGGUCUCCAGUCGUUCGACAUGGUCUUUGUGUUUUCCGACUUUUCACGUGCGCCCAUGCACGUCACUUCGAUUCCCACAACGUCGUUGGACGAUGUCAAGCAGUGGCUCGACUCGGUCGACAUCUGCGUUACCGAAGGUGCAGUCAACUUGAACUGGGGUGCUAUCAUGAAGACGGUCAACGAGGAUCCGUACGACUUUUUCGCUGAGGGUGGCUGGGGCUUCCUGCAGUCUGGAUCUGAUGAUGGUGGUUCCUCCGAGAGCGAGUCGGGUUCCGAGUUUGGCAGUGAGAUGGAUGAUGGACAGGAGGAGACGGACGAAGACUCGGAUUCCGGAAGCGACUUUGGCGACUCGGCUGAGGACGAGAGCGGAUCGGAAGGGUUCGAAGAUGAGAGCGAAGAGGGAGAGGAUUGGGACGAGCUGGAGAGGAAGGCGGCACGUGCCGACGAAAAGAAGCGCAGACAGCAGGGCGGUUCGGAUGACGACGAGGAUUCAGGCAAGAAGGGUAAGCGUCGUUGA